AUUAGCAAAACUUGAUUGGCAGGUCUUCCUCUACGACGGUGUUUGUGUGCUGCUGCUUGUGUCGGUGGAAACUUGUCGAAAAGCGGCUCAACUCCACCGCGACUCGUUUUUUGUUGGAUUUGUUCACACGGAAAUGAUUCCGGUCUUUUGAAUCAUGUCCAAGUGGGCUGCUGCUACGUGGGAAAGUCCGCUCGAAAGGCGCGUAGUUUAAAUCACGCGAAGGAACUUCCUGGAUACAUCGGCCAGUGACUCACCGCCAUCAUCAUCGCCAUGGAAACGCCGAGCCAGAAACGCAGCAGCCGCGGCGCCGCCUCCCCGGCCCGCAUCACCCGUCUGCAGGAGAAGGAGGACCUGUGCAACCUCAACGACCGGCUGGCCGUCUACAUUGACAAGGUGCGCUCGCUGGAGACCGAGAACGCCGGCCUGCGCCUGCGCAUCUCCGAGUCCGAGUCGUCAGUCACCCGCGACCUCAGCGGCAUCAAGGCGGCCUACGAGAAUGAAUUGGCCGACGCCCGCAAGACCCUGGACCAGGUGGCCCGGGAGCGGGCGCGCCUCCAGCUGGAGCUGGGCAAGGUCAAGGAGGAGUACAAGGAGCUCAAAGCCAGGAACAGCAAGAAGGAGUCCGACCUGGAUGUGGCCCUGGCCCGCCUCCGAGACCUGGAGGCGAUGCUCAAUUCCAAGGAUGCCUCCCUCAGCACGGCCCUGGGAGAGAAGCGGGCCCUGGAGGCGGAGCUGAAGGAGAUCAAGGCUCAGCUAGCCAAGUUGGAUCUCGCUCAGGCGGACGCCAAGAGGCAACUUCAGGAUGAGAUGCUGAGGCGGGUGGACGCUGAGAACCGCCUGCAGACGCUGAAGGAGGAGCUGGAGUUCCAGAAGAACAUAUACAACGAGGAACUGCGCGAGUCGAGGCGGCGCCACGAGUCCCGCAUGGUGGAGGUGGACAGCGGGCGACAGCUGGAGUUUGAGAGCAAGCUGGCGGAGGCGCUGGCCGAGCUGAGGGCGCAACACGAGGAGCAGGUUGGCCUCUUCAAGGCGGAGCUGGAGAAGACCUACAACUCCAAGUUGGAGAACGCUCGCCAGUCAGCCGACAGGAACAACCACCUGGUGGGCGCCGCCCAUGAAGAGCUGCAGCACACGCGCGUUCGCAUGGAGGGCAUGUCGGGCCAGCUGAGCCAGCUGCAGAAACAGCUGUCCCUGAGCGAGGCCAAGGUACGCGAGCUGGAAGAGACUCUGAGCAGGGAGCGCGACCUGAUGCGGCGGCGGCUGGAGGAGAAGGAGCGCGACAUGGCCGACAUGCGGGCUCGUCUGCAGAGGCAGUUGGACGAGUACCAGGAGCUGCUGGACAUCAAGCUGACGCUGGACAUGGAGAUCAACGCUUACAGGAAGCUGCUGGAGGGCGAGGAAGAGAGGUUGCGCCUGUCGCCCAGCCCCCCCCAGGCCAGGGUGACAGUGAGCCGCACCUCGGGCUCCUCCCACAGCCGUCUGGUCCAGGCCACCGCCUCCAGCAGCCGCACCUCCUCGGGCGUGGCCAAGAAGCGGCGCCUCAACGACAACGACAGCGACACCUCCAGCGUGGUGGGCGGCACCGUCACCAAGACGCGCAUCAGCCAGCACGCCUCGGCCAGCGGCCGCAUCACCGUGGACGAGGUGGACCUGGACGGAAAGUUUGUCCGCCUCAGCAACAAAAGCGACGAGGACCAAUCGCUGGCCGGCUGGCAGCUGAAGAGGCAGGUGGGCAGCGGCGCCCCCAUCGUGUUCAAGUUCCCCCACAAGUUCACCCUGAAAGCCGGAACCACCGUCACCGUUUGGGCCGCUUCUGGCGGCGGCAACCAUGCCCCCCCAUCUGACCUGGUGUGGAAGAGCCAGGACUCGUGGGGCACCGGCGACCUCCUGCAGACCACCCUCAUCAACGCCAGCGGAGAGGAAAUGGCAACCAGGAAAGUGACCCGCAGCCUCUUCCAGGAAGAUGAAGACGACAUGAGUGCUCACAGCACCAGCGGUGAGAACGAGUACAACCUACGCAGCCGCACGGUCAUCUGCGACUCGUGCGGGCAGUCGUCGGACCGCGGCGCCGGCACUUGCAGCAGCAGCGGCGGCGGCGGCGUUACGGAGGGCCUCAUUGGACAUUCCUUUUUCAUGGGCGCUAACGAGCCCAGACAGAGUGGCGUCAAGCCUGAGAACUGUGUGAUGAUGUAAAAGCGGGUGACGACGUUGACUCCUCCCCCUGCGUACCGCACUUAGCAUCUUAGCAUCGCUUUCCACUGCUGGGAUCUUUCUCCUCGGUUACUGUUUUUUAUUUUUUAAUUGGCGCUUCAUUUUGCCUUUUGUAUCCGCUUGACUCGGCAGCCUUAAGAGUGCCUGAUGGUCACGAGCUUUGUCUUCCUUGUAUUGCAUAUAAUUGGCUUGUGUUGUUGCACUCCCAUAGGAACAUCCACACAGGAAAGGCUCGUUAGUGACCUUUCAUUCAUGUCCUCCACACAAAUCCCUUUCAUUUAAAGAAAAAGUUUAUUGUCAUCUCAGGGUGUUCUGCAAAUUUUCUUUUUAUGUAAGAGAGUCACAAUUUUUUCUUGAUUUAUUGUCUAAAUUGGGUUGCGUUUUUUUUUUUUUUUUUUUUUUUUCCCGGAGGGUAUGGGGUUGUUUGCAAGAAUGUAAAAAAAAGUGUUUACUCAUGCCAAAGAUGUGUCGUCAUGGCAACCAAAGCGUUUUUUUUUGUGUGCCAGGUGCCACAAAAAAAUUGAGAUUGUGUUAGUUUUUUUUUUUUUUUUUUUUUUUUAAUCAUUCAAACUGCCAAGGUGCCUUCAGACGUCUUUGCCGGCUUGCGUGGCUCUUUUUCCCGGGAAUCUUGUUGCAUGGCGGGAUGGGCUUUUUCCUACUUCAUGGAAUAUUUUGUACUGUAGUGAAGCAUAGCAAAGCAUUUAUGGAAAAUACUUGAUGGCUGUGUUUUUUUUGUUUUUUUUGUUUCUCUUUACUAUGACGCUUCAUCGACGAUAUAUUAUUUUUUGUUCCCAAAAGUGCCUUACAAUCAUCACCGAAGAGUAGAAAAUCAUCAAAAUCAUCAAUCAUCAUCAAAUCUCGGUGUAAUCAUUGGAGCUUUUUUUCAGACUGAAAUAUUUCAAGUCAUCCUCGGUGUCAGGUUGAUGUUAUUCAUUGAACAUUUUGCCUCCAUAUUUGGAAUCAUAGGUGUGAUAUCAUUCAGAUGUCUCCAUUCAUGUCAUGAGCAAAGCCAUAUAGAGGUGAUGAAUGUUGUAUUUUGGGCUUUCUUUCCAAGAUAAAAAAAGUUUUUCUCGCA